UUGUGCAACCACGUUAGCCAAUCGGCAAAAAGGUUGAGCGCCAUAUAAAAAAAAAAAAGGACCCGGUUUUCCUGACAGGUUCUUUGGACUCACUUGAUGAAAUGGACGCUCUUUUUAUUCUAAGUAUUCUCUCGAUUAUAAGUCUCUCCUUGAGUCAAGAAUGCCCACCACAAUUGUUGGAGAACGUUGACUUUCCGGGAGCGGACAUUAAAUUCGAGUAUUCUCCUGAUGUUCAGCACUGUCAGCAUUUAUGCACACAGCACCCGUCUUGUCUCUUCUUUACAUUCUUACGUCCAGACUGGACCGUUGAUGACAGGCACUUCCACUGCUACCUCAAGACAACGCCUUCCGGAGAGCCCGACGUCCAGACCCCUCUCGUUGGUGUCACCUCUGGAUAUUCUCUCAAAUCCUGCAACCCAGAACCAAUGCCCUGUCUGCCUAACGUGUACCAGAACGUGGACUUUUUUGGGGCAGACUAUCGGGCCUUGUUCACGAACAGCUACCAGGAGUGUCAGCGAGUGUGCACCAAAGACCGCUUUUGCCGUUUUUUUACAUUCAUCAAUAAGGACUUCGCAAAUGAGAAUAUCAGAUAUAAAUGCCACCUAAAAUUCAGCUGGCCCAUACCAAGGACCUUAAACGUAAACAGGAAGCCCGGCGUGGUGUCCGGCUUCUCUCACAGUGUCCAGUUUAGUCAGCCCUCUGACAUAGCAUGUUCCGAGAAACUUUUCUCGAACACGGACUUCGAGGGGAGCGCGCUUGAGUCACAACCUGCCGGUACGCCAGAGCACUGUCUGGCCUUGUGCUCUGCAAAUCCACAAUGUACUUACUUCUCCUUCCAGAGCAAUUCCCUCACUUGUCAACUGAAAAACGAUCCCAAUCAAGUAGUGAUGAAGUCCCAAGAAGGUGUGACAUCUGGGAUAGCAACACACUUCUGUCAACAAGAUGCCAAUUGGGUAAAGACAGCUCUUGAGGAAGUCGACUUCUAUGGUUCGGAUAUUCGCUUCGAACUGAUGGACGACGUAGAGACGUGCGAGAAGACGUGUUCCAUCGAUCAAAAUUGUCAGUUCUACACAUACCUCAACGAGAACUUCAGCGACUCCUCUUACCGGCGUCACUGCUAUCUCAAGCGCGUCACCACCAUGCCGGCUCCUCCCAAAGUUACCAAACUGGACAAUGUGGUUUCUGGGUUCACCAAGAGGAACUGCAUUUAAACCAUUAACAUCCUGACUAAUACGUCUCGUCCAUCUAAAUUUGAAGAAAAUAAAUGAUUCAAAAUUA